AUGAUGGAGGAGGACGAUGAUGAGAACGCAGAGGGGGCCCAGCAGUACGACGAGGACGGGAACCUAGUUGAUGACGAGAUGGUCGAGCUUCACGAUGAUUCUGUUCAGGGAUUCUUCACUCACAAAGAGCCAGUAUAUGAUGUUGCAUUACACCCGAUCCAUCAGAAUAUUGCCGUGAGUGGAGGUGGUGACGACAAGAGCUAUCUCUGGCGGUUGUAUGAUGGCGAGCAGCUCUAUGAGUUUGGAGGACACAGCGAUUCGGUUACACAAGUGGCCUUCAGUGUCGACGGAACCUAUGUCGCCAGUGGAUCAAUGGAUGGCAAGGUCCGCGUCUGGAAGAGCGAGACAGGCGAAUUCGUCUGCGAACUCGAGGGACCCGAUGAGGUUGUUUGGAUCAACUGGCACCCGAAAGGCAACAUUAUCCUCGCGGGUGCAACGGAUUCAUCAGUCUGGAUGUGGGCCGUGCCUUCGGGUUCAUUUAUGAACAUCUUCAACGGACAUUCGGGUCCUGUCACCAGCGGUCAGUUCACACCGGACGGCAAGCGGAUUGUCACUGUCUCGGAGGAUGCUUCGUUGAUCAUUUGGGAUCCCAAGACCGCAACGGCAAUCCACCGUAUCACUUCAGACGACGCUCGAUUUCAUAGCGACGUGAUUACAUGCCUCGCCAUCAAUAAGGAUAGCAGUUUGGCCAUGACAGGAUCUGCGGACGGCACGGCCAAAUUAGUCAACCUCCACAACGGAAGCAUUUUGGGUUCCUUCGAGAACCACACAGAUGCAAUCGAAACAGUUGGCUUCUCGGAUCACUUGCAUCUGGCCGCAACAGGGUCGUUGGAUGGCCGCUUGAAUAUUUGGGAUGUGCAGACAAUGCAGCUCCGGACAUCGUGCGAGCACAAGGGCCCGAUCAUCAAGCUGCAGUGGCACAAGAGCCAGCCCUGGGUGACCACCUGUUCUGCGGAUCAGUCCGUCCAGGUUUGGGAUGGAAGGACAGGUCAGAACCUUAAGAUUUGGCUGGGCCAUCAGAAUGCGGUCCUCUGUUUUGCCAUGACGGACGAUGGCCUCACCUGCGUCACGGGUUCGGAUGACGGCUGUGCAUUGGUCUUCAGAAUGACUGAUAACUAG